AUGGAGACACCUGAAAUGUUCCACAUGGUGGGUGCACUUUGUGGUCUGGCCAUAUACAACUCCAUCAUCGUCGACCUCAACUUCCCCCUCGCAAUGUUUAAAAAACUUCUCGGCCAGCAGCCAACUUUGGAGGACCUAAAGGAACUGGAUCCGGUUGUUGGUAAAUCGCUUCAACAGCUACUCGAGUACGAGGAGCCGGAUCUCGACGAGGUUUUUGCCUUGAACUUUGAGGUUGUGUUCGAUAAGUACGGCGAAAUCUGUCACGUCCCCCUGGUGGAAAACGGGGCAUCUAUACCGGUAAACCAGGCUAACAAGCAACUCUACGUGGAGAAGUACGUGGACUAUCGGUUUAAUAAAAGUUGCGACGAACAGUACAAAGCAUUCCACAGAGGCUUCCACCUCGUCUGUUCCGGAUUCGCGCUGAAGAUGUUCCGGCCCUUGGAACUCCAGGUGACCAAUCUCUCCCUUUCUCUCUCCCUUCUUGCCCCCUCCCCUCUAUCUCUGUCCAGGCUCCAA